GUUUCUUCUUCUCCAAUGGAUAACCAAGAAGAGGAGUCCAAGCAUCCUCCAAACAAACUUCCCGAUUUAACCCUCUUCGAGCGAGCAAAUUCUGAAGUUGCUCUUGCUGCCUCCCAAGCUAAUUCCCAUUUUGCCCCUGCUAUGCAUGAUUCGGUCUCUUCAAUGCUUUCGAUGAUGGAAAGUGAAGAAGAAUCCGAAGAUGAAGAUGAAGAAGCAGAGACCAAUGAGAAUUACUACGAGUAUUUCGACAGCAAUGGAUAUGGAGAAGAUGAAGACGAAAUCAAUGAGUUUCUUGAAGAUCAAGAAAGUAGCAACUUCAACCCUGAGGAGGAUGAUUUAUUGGAGGAAGAAGAUGAGAUUGAUCCCGACCAGUUGUCUUACGAGGAACUGAUUGCACUUGGUGAUUUCAUCGGAGUCGAAAAACGUGGGCUGACUCCUACCGAAAUCUCCACAUGUUUGAACGCAUCGACAUAUGUAUUUUCAAAUAACAAAAACGAGAUUGAUCGUUGUGUGGUUUGCCAAAUGGAGUUUGAAGAAAGGGAAUCUUUGGUCGUUCUCCGACCUUGUGACCAUCCAUACCACUCUGAUUGUAUAACCAAAUGGCUUGAGACGAAGAAGAUUUGUCCCAUUUGUUGCUCUGAACCAUCUGUCAGCUGAAAUGUCGAAAGAAAUAAAAUUAUCGAUUUUUAAUGUUUUUAAACGAAAAUUAAAACCCUAGGAUAAAUGUCUAUACUGUACUAAAACUAUAAAUUAAUAUUCUUUAAACUAA